GAUAAGCAAUCCAUUAGGAGCAUCUGUAGUGCCACCUGGAACGCUUUUUUUUUCUCCAUCGAUGCUAACGAGUGUAGAGUUCUUUUUCCGGUUGCCAUCGUCCGAAGCGGCAAGAUGGUGCGAAUGAACGUGUUGGCAGACGCGCUCAAGUCGAUCAACAACGCCGAGAAGCGGGGCAAGCGGCAGGUGCUGCUGCGACCCUGCUCGAAAGUCAUCAUUAAAUUCCUCACCGUCAUGAUGAAGCACGGCUACAUCGGAGAGUUCGAGAUCGUGGACGACCACCGGUCGGGCAAGAUCGUGGUGUUCCUCAACGGGCGGUUGAACAAGUGCGGCGUCAUCAGCCCCCGCUUCGACGUGCAGCUCAAGGACACGGAGACGUGGAUGCGCAACCUGCUGCCCUCCCGACAGUUCGGCUACAUCGUGCUCACAACGUCUGGGGGCAUCAUGGACCACGAGGAGGCGAGGAGGAAACACCUGGGAGGCAAAAUACUGGGCUACUUCUUCUGAGAUAAAUAAAACAACGCUCUGCUGCCA